AUGUCUGUGCCCACUGUUGCAGCCACCGUGUCUGUCUGCCAGUUCUUUGUACUGCAGCAGCUUGUGUGUUGCAGUGAUGCUGGCAACUAUGCCACCAGUAUUUCAAAUAUCAGCAGGGUCGCCCCUGGUUCUCACCAUCUCCCCGCGCUGCGGCUCCCUCGGCUACGCGAGUUUCCCCUACUCGUUCCUCUCUUGCCUCCCCUUCCGGGUUCCCGCCCCAACGCCCGCUGGGAAUUGGAGUUCUGGGUGGCCACGGACUACAUCUCCCAGAACGCAGCACGGGCCAAGCUUGGAGAGUGGGCCCUGAUUGGUCGGCACUUUGGCGCGCACCGGAAAGGCCUUGUCAAGAGGCACGAGGCCGGCAGGCAGGCGCUGCGAAACAAGACAGGGCGCUUCCCCAGCCGCGCGUGCGCGUCUGGCCACUUGCACUCCUCCCUGUCCCCACUCCAGUUCCUAGCCCUGCACACCUUCCUUCGCGGGAACUGCUGGGGGCGUGGCCUGCGUCUCAGGCGCACGGUCCUUCUCUCCUCCUCUCCUCCACAGGCCUUGCACCCAGUUUCGCGUCCAGGGCAUUCGCACCCUCCCCAAGUCGGACGAAAGGGGGGGGUGCGGCGGCCCGGGGCUCGAGUACGCGGCCUGCCCCCCGGACCGGCGCAGACGCCACUGUCCAACCGGGCUCCCAAGUGUGGGGCUGCUGUGAAGCCAGAAGAGAGGCUUCACGCCAUUUUGCACAUCCUGAGGCGGCUCUUGUCUCCAAACAGGAAGGAGAGGAAAAACCACACCAGUAAACUGCAAGAGCUGGCCUUGCUGCUACCUGUGUCCCUGAAGCCCGGAACCAAAAAGCUUACCAAGAAGGAGAUUCUCCUGCAUGUCCUGCAGUACAUUCAGUACCUCCAGAAAAACAUCGAUGUGGCUAAGGCCUUGCUCAAGCUCUACACCACGGAUGGGGAAGGUGGACUUGGCGGGCCGGGUCAGAACCCCACUGGGGGCCCACCAAGGCAGAGACACUCCACCCCAUCUAGCUCCCCGUGCUCUCGAAAGACCCGUCUCCGGGGAGCCUGCCAGAAGCCUCAGAAGAAGAAGCCGACUCAAACAUCAGAACGGCAGACCCGGGACCAGAAGCCUCGCCGCUGUCUGACCCUGUGCAAGCCCAAGAAGGUGACCCCGGCCCCAGACCAGGAAAGAGGGAACACUGAGGGGACAACCAGCCCUCUAAGAUGCACUGAUUCCGACAGACAGCCCAAGGCUGCACCGUCCUCGCCUCAAGGUGGAGAGAAAAGAGGAAGAGCCCAGCUGACAGUGCUGGACAUGGCUGAGAGCGGCGCCCACUGCGGCCUCUCAAGCUGCUGUUUCGGAAACAGUGCCCAGGACGAUGAGCCUUCCCCUGCCCUUGGGGUCCAGAAAGACGCUGAGAAGUUCUACUUUCUCAACAGGACACAGCCCUGCCCCAGGCAGCAGGAGCUGGUGUUCUACGAUUCCAGCGAGGAGGUAGACAAGGAGUCCCCUGAUGCUGACCCUUGGCUUCCUGCCUGGACCGCAGAGGGCAGCCCCCAUGGGAGCCCACUGGCCUUGGGGCCUCCCCAGAUCAAGGACUGGAGUGCCACGGGCCCCCUGAGCGAGAUCUUGGGGCUCAGCCCUUCCCUCUUCACCUCCCCUGGCAGGCUGCUGCCAGAGCAGAUCCUGGAAGACGGCACAGAGUAUCUAACCCAAGCUCUCUUUGAAGACGUGUACCUCGGCCCUGAGUCUCCACUUUCGGCCUGCAAGUCUGAGGCGCCAGAGAACAAGAACACUCCCCCUGAGGCCCCCGGAGACCCGACUGAUGCGCACAGCCAGUUCCAGUCCUCCGUCUCGCUCGACCACUGCUACCUCUCCCUCAGCGAGACCAGCCCAGGCUCUGGGACCACUGAGACAGAGUCCCCUUGGAAGCGGCAAGAGGACGCCCAGCCCGACCCCGAGGACUCGGAGUCCUCCAGUGAGGAAGAUGGCGACUACACCUGGACCCCGACCCGGCGGGCCUCGGUCCUGCCCCCCGGCGGGAGGAAGGCCAGGAAGGCCCGCGCAACCAGGGGCCCUGUGAAGUCCAAGGAGGGCAAGAAAGUCCCCUAUCCCACCCCGAUGAAGAAAAAGUGUGUCAACGGCUUCAUCAUGUUCUGCAGGAUGAAUAGGAAGCAGUACAUCCGAGCCUGUCCAGGAACCGCAUCCACAGCUGCCACCAAGGAGCUGGCCCAGCUCUGGCGGGUGAUGACCCUGCAGGAACGGAAGCCAUAUUGCAUCAAGGCACGCAGGUUCAGCCGCCAGCACAACCGCAUUGUGAAGCAGGAGAGGUCCAGCAGUGAGGACGACGACUGGGACCCGCCCAAGCCCUUCUACCAGCUGUUGGCCGAGAAGGCCCGUUCGUCCCCAUCCCCGGGGCGGGCCCCUCAGCCCCCUCCUGGCCAGUGA